AUGUCUUCUGGGUCGCAGGAUACCUCUUCUGGUCAAUCAGUUCUCAAAGAUGCCGAGGCGAAGGUAGGCAGUGCAUGGGAAUCCACGAAGGAGUCAGUUUCUGAAGCGUUCACUUCGGCCAAGGAGACUAUCUCUGACAAGUAUCGUGAUCUCACCGGCCAAAAGUCCGCGCAGGAGAAAGCCCAAGACAAGGCGAGCGAGGCGGUGGAUCACCUAAAGGAAACCGGUCAGUCCGCGAAGGAGAGUUUGCAGCACGCUGCAGAUGCAGCCUCGGAAAAGUUAAAGGACGGCUAA